ACUGCAGCGUCGAAUAUCAAAGUCACGGGUCUCAAUGCCCGAACAGACGUUUACCGAAUCACGGGUUUAAUGCCUGAUGUCCCAGUGGGUUUCCAGACAUUGAUCGCCCGAUUCCCCGAGUUGACUAAACCUAUUGAGGAUCUAACACUAGUGACUGAUCGUUGUGCACACUACAUAAUCACUAAGGGUCCACCAGUCACAGCACGACCUCGCCGACUGGCACCGGACAAAUUAGCUUAG